AUGGAAGCGCCUGAUAUGAGAACUCUGGAAACUGUGGUCAUCAUAAUGGUUUACAUUCUGCCCAUCGGCCAAGCCCAAUCCGCCGGUAUGAUGCUUGCAAUCGCCGCCCGAAUUCUCUACAGUCUUGGUGGGCACAGAACGAGGCAGCUUGACGAGUCGCAAGACCACCUCCCGCACCGGAAGCAUUUACGCGCUCUCUUCUGGCUCUGCUAUACUUUGGACAAGGAGAUGUCUAUUCGAUACUGCGUGGCGCCUGUUAUUAAUGAUGCCGAUUGCGAUUUAGAGCUACCCGAAAACUACGUCAUGAGUCAUUCGGACCAUCAGUUUCUUCAAAAACCUCUAUCGUCCGACGAGCUCCUCUACCCUUCGGAUCUCCGACUUGCGAUGAUAAAAUCCAAGAUUUAUCGUCUCCUCUACCACGACCACGGCUAUACAGAGGAUGAAGCGAGGCAUCUUCAGCACAUUCGGGAGUUAGAUCAAGAACUAAGCGAGCUGAAAUCGAGUUUUCCGAUCGGCUUCGAGCCCGACUCUUUGGCGACCGAAAAUGAGCCUGAUUAUGGGUUUCACGAUCUUAGUUUACGGGGAGUUAACCUGCACUUGGAAUAUUAUCUUUGCCUGGGCAAAAUCCACGAAGCAAGCAGUGCGUGCGGAACACCAUCGCCCAAUAGCUGGUUGCCGCUCCCUUCAAGCGUGGAGAUCUGGUCUCAUGCUGCAAGAUCUACAUUGCUGUAUGUUAGCCGGGCGCGCGAGUUCUUGAACUGGCACACUUUUUGGUUGCAUGCACAGUUUAUUCUGACCGCUGUUUUGUCGCUUUUCUGUUACAUGAUUACAUACCCAACUGCGCCGACCUUUCCCAGGGAUAUCCAAAUCAUGCAGGAUACAGUAGAAUUGUUCGGCGACCUUCAUCGAAAGAGCCAUGAAACUCAAUGCUUUCCACCAAUGUAUUUCGCCGAGGCUUUCAUUCAAAGCCCAGACUGUCGCCCAGCCAUGACAAAAUUGCCAAAACUGGGCAUUUUCAAAAGCUCCUUCCGGUAUUCGAGAAUCAUGUCAGAUGACAAAAGGAUAACCGAGCCGUUGGUGGAGGAGUCGCCUCGGCAAACCUACACCCAUCUUCCUGGGGGCGUGCAUUCUCUGCCAAACAAAGAUGGGGUACGGACAGAAACAUAUACAUCAGACGCUUCGGUGGAUGGAGAAAAUCCUUUUUCUGAUCCGGACAUUGCCGCAAGGUAUGCGCUUCUAUAUGAGAAGGCUCAGUAUGAAUGUCGGCAUGUGUUUGAUCCUACGAUGACCUGGACCCCGGGGGAGGAGAAAGCACUGGUCCGGAAAUUAGAUUGGCAUGUGUGCUUGUGGGCGUGUGUCAUGUUCUUCGGGCUUCAGGUCGAUCGAGGCAAUCUGAUUCAAGCGGUGUCAGACAACAUGUUGGACGACCUCAACUUGUCUACAAAUGAAUACAACACUGGAAACAUAAUCUUCUAUGUAUCCUUCCUUCUAGCUGAGCUGCCAUCGCAGCUGGUCUCGAAACAGAUUGGUCCUGAUCGAUGGAUCCCUAUGCAAAUUUCAUUAUGGUCGAUUGUUGCCACCACGCAAGCCGGGCUAACGGGAAGAGCGUCCUUCUACGCAACGAGAGCCUUGUUAGGUAUUCUAGAGGGUGGAUUUAUUCCGGAUAUUGUCCUAUGGCUGUCAUACUUCUACACGAGUCGAGAGCUCCCGACUCGCCUUAGUAUAUUUUGGACAGCACUUUCUGUGACCACGAUUGUCACCUCUUUCAUGGCCUUUGGACUCCUUCACAUGCGUGGUGUUCUGGGGUGGGCAGGCUGGAGAUGGCUCUUCCUCAUCGAAGGUCUCAUCACUCUUGUAAUCGGCUUGAUAUCCUUCUUUAGAAUGCCCGCAUCGGCAGUGGAAACGAAGAAAUGGUUCCGUCCUAAAGGAUGGUUCACUGACCGUGAAGUCCGAAUUGUCGUGAAUCGGGUUCUCCGAGAUGAUCCAUCAAAGGGCGACAUGCACAAUCGACAAGCCAUCACCCCACGGCGUCUCUGGAACGCUCUCUGCGAUUUCGAUCUGUGGCCUAUCUAUCUGCUUGGCAUGGUUGUAUACACUCCCAUGGUCCCAGUGACUCAGUACAUCACCCUUACGCUCAAAGGGCUUGGUUUCAGCACAUUCGUAACCAAUCUUCUUACCAUCCCCAGCAGCGUGGGCCACAUCAUUCUCCUCCUCACUCUGACUCGUAUAAGCGAGUGGUUGAACGAACGAGCCCUCACAUCUAUGGCCCAGAGCCUUUGGACGCUGCCCUGUGUCGCAGCAUUGCGGUUCUGGCCUCAAGUUAUGGAAAACGCCUGGGGAACCUACGCCGUGGUGGUGGUAUUGCUCUCUUAUCCCUAUUGUCACGCGAUCUUGGUAGGCUGGAUAUCCAAGAACUCGAAUCAUGUGGGAACAAGGACUGUUUCUGCUGCGAUCUACAAUAGAACAGUGUGUGUGCAGCUAGGCAGCAUCAUCGGAAACAACGUUUACCGCGAAGACGACAAGCCCAAAUACCACAGAGGAAAUUCAGUUCUGCUGGGUCUCAAUGUCUUGGCUAUUUGUCUGUUCCUUGCGACCAAGGUGUAUUAUGUGCUGCGAAACAAACAAAAGGAUCGUGUGUGGGCUACUAUGACGGAGGAGCAACGGCAAGACUAUGUCGAUAAUACCAAGGAGACGGGGAGCAAACGACUGGACUUUCGGUUUGCUCACUAG